GGGAGGUUGAGUGCAGAGCUAAACAAGCCUUAUGUCAAAAUGUCAUCUGUUUCCAAAGGUUAAUUAGAAGAUCACGUCGCCAGUCCGACCACAUUUACUACAUACCCUGGCGUAGAAAUAGGAGCUGCAGCGUGAUAGAAGACCCAAUAACGUAAUAGAAAUAAGCAUAAAUGAUCAAAAACUGAACUCCAUUUGUCUACAGUAAAUAAGCUUACGACAUUUUAACCUCUUUGAAAUAAACCAAAACUCGCUUCCGGACCAGACAAACACAAAAGAAGGUUAAGAUUUGUUGUCAAAGUGUCUGAUUUGACAGGCUCCUCCAGAGGUGACCACAAACAUUGACAACUUACUCACGUAUCUCAUGCCAACGUGCAAUACAAGUUUAAACACAGUGCGGACUGUCUACAUUUGGGUGCUGUCACAUAUCGGCUGUAAAAUUUCUCCUGACACUACAGUUGAAGUCUCUAAAUUCUCCCUGCUGGAAGUAUUAAGUCAAAGGCAAGGCUCAGCGCUGGAGAUCAACAUUCUCUUUCAUUACAUGUGUCAGCUGUUAAGUGUACCUUGUGUUCUUAUACAUGGCAUUAUCAAGUCACAAAACGACGAUGUCCACAGUUUUAAAGACAACCCUCCAUCAUCGAAUCAUGUCUGGAGUAUAGUGUUAGUCCAGAAUGAGUGGCGAUUUGUUGACUGUGCAAGCGGUGGCGGUAAUAUGGACGCAGAGUGUCAAGAGGAAGACCAUUCCCUUGAGAUGUACUUUCUGACUGACCCUGAUGUGUUUAUCCUCACACACUUCCCGCUCUGUAUGUCCAAUCAGAAGCUACACCACACAGCGACAGAACGCUUUGCUUGCCAGAGGUCAUUGUCUCUUCAGGUUCAAGAAACUCUUCAAAUGUUGGAGAUGCCGAUUUCAUUUUCUGAUUUCUGCAAAGCUGCCAUUCCCACGACGUUUGCUCUGAACAACAGUGUGGAGCUCAUAUCACAUUCCAGUUAUCACGUGACUGUCAAAAUGGGAGACACUUUCGAGUUCACGGCGCCCCACUUUGUCAACAUGGCUGCAGUUCUGUCAGAUGUUCCGUCCGGAAAUGUCCUGAAGAACAGCAUCCUGGCUACCAGAUCAGGACAUUUCGGAUAUCGCAUUUUCGUUAAACCCAGACACAUUGGAAAAUACUGCCUCAAAAUUUACGGGGCCAAGAAGUGCGGUGAUUUCAGAAGUGUGAUGACUUAUCGUCUUCAUGCAGAACAAGUAGAUAAUGAAUUCGUGGCAAUGCCGGAACUAUUUGGUGUUUGGGGCGCGAGCUUAAACGCGUUGCAGUAUGGUUUUACCAAAGCGAUAUUUCGAUUUGAUAUUCUGACUUGUAGGAGUGGUGAGAUAUAUAUAAAGCUGCCAACGACGGGCUUCGUUCAGACCAAAAGUAUAUUGAUGUUUGGGAGUGAGGAUAACAUUACGGAAAGAGCUCCUCAGAGUAAUCAGUCAACAUUGAAUCAGUACACAGAAGGAGUGGUGCAUAUCAUGGCCAAGCUGCGUCAGAGAGGUUUCUACAGAUUGAGUCUGCAGGCGCAAAAGCAGGAGAGUGACGGGUGCGAAAAUUCGGCUUUCAGUACUGUUACGGAGUUAUUCAUCCACUCCCUGAAGCCGUCUCUCGGCCAGGCUAUUUACCCCAGGAGCUACCCCGUCGCGCAGAGUUACCAGACCUUGCUGCUGGAGCCACUGACGGGAGAGCUGGAGAUCAAUAAGACAACUAUGUUCAGGGUCAGGUCAAUGCUGCUGACCAAAGCAAAGGUGGAAGGAGAGGUGAUGGUCAAGACGAGUGGCGAAAAUUGUCAUGAGGGGGACACUUGGAGUCUCGAGUACACGCCGAAACGCGUGGGAGUGCCAGUGUAUAUAUACGGAACAGUUGGUCUGGACGCCUCCAUGCACGCCUUGUAUAAGUUUAGUGUGGUCAUAGAUGUAGAUAUGACCAGCACAUAUAUGUAAAGAAAUUUCAAUCUAUUCUAUACUGUGCGAACAUAUUUUAAAGGGAAGU